AUGUCCAGCACCACAGCCAAGACUCCACAGGGCGACCCAAAGCAUGGCGGCGCUCUCUUCCGACUUCCUCGUGAGAUUCGAGAUGUCAUCUAUCGACGUCUGGUCAAAGGCCGCUAUCUAACCGACAAGCGAUCAGCCCACAGUGAGGGGUCCGACAAGGAGGGAUCCGACAGCGAGUCAGAUGUCAACCAGAACGCCAGGCCAAACUUAUCCAUCCUUCGAGUCUCAAAGGCCGUCGGUCAUGAAGCUGUGGAAAUCCUGUAUUCGGACAGUGUCUUUCGAUUUCCCAUCGACUUCAAAAGCCCUAGAGACGAUGACGAGGACGGUAAGCUCUUUCGCCUCAAUCACCUGAAGAAAGUCGCGCCUAUGAUGAAGAAUGUCUACCUCGAUGUCGACGGCGCGUCGAUUAGAUGGGCUGAUUGGUUCGAGACUCUGUGGGCGCGGAAACUUGAACUAAGUUCCGGGCCUACCAUCGACCUCUUUAGAGAUGUAGACAUCAAGCGUCGAACUUUACACAUCAGAAUGUCGGAAUGCUGCGCAAGAAUGCUCGAAGGGACGUCAUUCAGCACCAUUUGCCAACGACUCAAGAGUGUAGUCGGCUUCAGCGUCGCUACUGUCGAGGUCACGCUCUCGAGUGACGUGCCCGAAGCGCCUGCCUAUUUCGGAUUCAAUAACGCGGAACAGACUAGACGCGCUCGCGACUUGCUGCGCUACAUCACACAUAAGAUAACAAAAGAGCUAGAACCCGCCUUCGGACCCGCCAUCUCUGGUCUUCAGUUGGAUGCUGGCAACAUGCCUAUUCAAAAGAGAAACUUCUCCGAGGGCGGCGAUACCACUUUGGUCGGGUUUCUUGAAUUCCAUCCAGGCAAGCAUUCGGUCCAGGAAUCCACCGCGGAAGAGGAGAGAUUGCGGUAA